AUGGAUGAAGAUUACGAUUAUGAUUUUUCUACUUAUAAUUCAACUUCUGAUAGUUCGUUUAUAACCAAUCAACAGACAGACUCUCUUGACCAAGAUGAUGAUAAUAUUCAAAUUUCACAUUCUCAAUCACCAGCACCUUCAUCUAACGAAAUUACUGACACUACUGAGAUUCUUUCUGGAUCGAAUUACGCUACACUAGGUAUAAUGGUACCAACAGUAGAAGAAUUAAUAUAUAGAUUUAGUAAUAUAGAUAGUGAAAUAGAUAUCAUAAAUGAAGUAAAGGAGACAAUUUUAUCUAAUUUGACAAGCCGAUGGUCUUUGCCACAUGAUUAUGGAAUGUUUGCUUCGUUACUCGAUCCCAGAUUUAAAGAUCUAUCUUUUUGUUCAAAUGCUCAAAAACGAAGAAUGAUUGAGGAAUUAAAAAUCAAGUUUAAUGAAUUAAGUGGGCAUGAAAAUCAACAUGAUGAAUCUCCUGAACAAACUGAAUUGGACAG